UUGUUUUUUUCUUAUCAUAGUUUUUUAGUUAAUAAAUAAUGCGCUUGGCCGAAUGGCAUUGCUCACAACUGCGAAUCUUGUUCAACUUAAGGUCGUACACGUGAGUAGAAAGAUAUUUCUACCAAGCCCAUUAAAAAGUUAGGAGAAUCUUGAAAGAAAGAAUGUAAGAGUUAUAGAUUGAGUACCGACGGGCAAAGAGCUAGAGGUGUUGCGUCAUGCUCUUUACGCACGCGACAUUCAUAUAAAGCAUUCGAGCAAUUCAAAGUAGUCUACUUGAGUCUGCCGUGAAGAUACGUGCUAUGAGGCAUCGAGUAGUAAAUGACGAGAGGAUCGAUCGUGACCCAUUACGAAAUGAGUGUCAAAGUGGGGCCCCCAAGGCACGGGGUCAGGCGAUCAAGUUAACAAGUAUAAUCGAGAAGAAGACUCGUCUUAAGCAGAACUUCUGUAGCUUUGAACUGUUUCCGACUAAGAACCCGGAAGUUUAUCAACGAGAAACGGAGCGAUGUGCACCGGCGUUUUAUGCCUUGACGUGGUACGAAAAGGGGGUGAUUCCGAGUGAGCCGUUCUCAACUUUGAAGAUUGCCGAAAACUUCCCUGGGAACGUUCUACUACAUUGCGCAGCUCGAGGCUUAAAGUAUGCAGAUGUUGAGAAGAUAUUACGCCGGGCCCUAGAACUGGACAUUGUCAACAUAUUUGUACUUCAAGGGGAUACAAGCUCAGAUGAUGGUGAUUUUCAAUACGCAUCGGAUCUAGUUACAUUUAUUAGAAAAAUUUUUGGUCAACAAUUUUGCAUUUGCGUUGCUGGAUAUCCAGAAAUGCAUCCGCAGUCACCGUCAAAAAAUCACGAUCUUUUUUAUCUUAAAGCUAAGGUAAAUGCAGGUGCAGAUUUUAUUAUAACACAAUUUUGCUUUGAAUAUCAAUUGUACAUUCAAUUCAUAAAAGACUGUCGAAAAUUAGGAAUAACUGUUCCUAUAAUUCCCGGAAUUUACCCAAUUACAAAUGCAAGAUUACUAAACAAAAUUACCAGUAUAUGCAGUACAAGGAUCCCACCUUGGAUUCAAAAUACUUUACAAGUGAUGGGCGAAGACAACGAAGCCGUAAAAAAAUUUGGUAUAGAUUUGAGCGUAAAAAUUAUACAAGAAAUUAGAAAAAGUGGCGUUUCCUACGGUUAUCAUUUAUUCACUUUGAAUAGGCCUUUUCCAGUAAUUGAUAUUUACGACCAGCUUAAUAUAAAAAGUGGAAUAGAUAUAAUUAUAAAU